AUGCCCAACGUUACAGCAGGGUGUCUUCUGGUCACAGUGAACAAGCACAAGCCGUGGAUCGAGACGUCGUACCAUGGGGUGAUCACAGAGAACAUGGACACCGUUCUGCUGGACCCUCCCUUGGUGGCCCUGGAUAAGGAUGCCCCUGUCCCCUACGCAGGGGAGAUCUGUGCAUUUAAGAUCCACGGGCAGGAGGCCCCGUUCGAGGCGGUGGUCCUGAACAGGACGUCAGGGGAGGGGGUCCUGAGGGCCAAGGACCCGGUGGACUGUGAGACCCAGAAGGAGUACACCUUCAUCAUCCAGGCCUACGACUGUGGGGCGGAGGCCAGUGGAGCCAGCUGGAAGAAGUCACAUAAGGCAGUGGUUCACAUCCAGGUGGAUGACGUAAAUGAGUUCUCUCCUGUGUUCCGGGAGCCUAUGUACCACGCUUCAGCAAUGGAAGGGAAGAUAUAUGACAGCAUCCUGCAGGUAGAGGCCUGGGACCAGGACUGUUCCCCGCAGUACAGCCAGAUCUGCAACUAUGACAUCGUCACCUCCGACACGCCCUUUGCCAUCGACCGCAACGGCAACAUCAGAAACACGGAGCGUCUGAGCUACGACAAGAAGCAGCACUACAAGGUCAUGGUGACCGCCUUCGACUGCGGCCAGAAGAGGGCAACGGAGAGUGUGGCGGUGCACAUCGACGUCAAGCCUGUCUGCAAACCUGGCUGGCAAGGCUGGAACAAACAAGUGGACUACGAGCCCGGGACAGGAAGUAAGCAGCUGUUUCCCAAGAUGCACCUGGAGACUUGUGACGGCCCAUUGUCGGCGGUGAGAGCAAUGGUAGAGCUGCAGACCAGUCACAUUGGGAAGGGCUGCGACAGAGAGACCUACUCCGAGAAGUCCAUGCAGAAACUCUGUGGUGCGGCGUCCGGCAGCACGGACCUCCUCCCCGCCCCCAGCGUCUCCACCAAUUGGACGGCCUCACUGCUGACGGACAGCGGGCGGGACAGUGACCUCAUCUUCAACUUCGACGGGCGGCAGGCGGCCAACGUGCCAGAGCGGGUGGUUCCACAGAACCUGACUGACCAGUUCACCAUCGCCACGUGGAUGAAACACGGGCCCAGCCCCGGUCUGAGGGCCGAGAAAGAGACCCUGCUCUGCAACUCCGACAAGACCGAGAUGAACAGGCAUCACUACUCCCUGUACGUCCACAACUGCCGUCUGGUGUUCCUACUCAGGAGAGACUUCACCCAGGUGGACAAUUUCCGCCCCGCAGAGUUCCACUGGAAACUGGAGCAGAUCUGUGAUAAGGAGUGGCACUACUACGUGAUCAACGUGGAGUUUCCUGCCGUGACGCUCUUUGUGGAUGGCGUGACCUACGAACCCUACCUGGUGACGGACGAUUGGCCCAUCCAUCCCUCGUCAAUCGACACCCAGCUGACAGUGGGUGCCUGCUGGCAAGGUGGUGAGGUGUCCACCCCACGGUUCACCCAGUUCUUCCGGGGCAGUCUGUCUGGACUGACCAUCCGGCCAGGGAGGAUCGAGACCCAGAAAGUCAUCUCCUGUCUACAGGCCUGUAAGGAAGGACUGGAUAUCCACUCACUGGAGAGCCUGGGCAAGGACAUCAAGUUCCACUUCAACCCAGCCCAGUCGGUGCUGGUGAUGGAGGGAGAGGACCUGGAGAGUGUCAACACAGCCAUGGCCAAGGUCUCCUACAUCAACUCACGCCAAUUCCCCACAGCAGGCCUCAGACAGCUACACAUCACCACCACCGUACAGUGUUUCGGGGAGGACAUAUGCAUCUCCAUCCCAGACAUUAAGGCUUUAGUAAUGGUCCUGCCACCCAGCGAGCCACGGAUCACCAUCGCUGGUUCAGAUCAACUCGUCAGGCCUGCCGCCGACCUGCGUGGAGCCAUGGGCGUGGCACCCUUCAAGGAGCUGCGCAUCACCAGCACUGUAACCAAGGUCUACAGGCCUGGUGUUCUGGAGGCGAUGCACAACCUGGAUUACUGUGAUGUCCUGGUGAUCGGAGAGGAGCUCAACCCGGAGCAAGAGAGUCUGGAGAUUCACCACAGCUCUCUAAUGGGGAAACACCUGGACGCCACAAACUCCACCUCAGGAAUAUCCAUAUAUGGUGUGGACUCCAUGACCCACUAUGAGGAGGCACUCAGGCAGGUGCGCUACAGGAACUGGCGCCCGGCGACCCUGACUAACAGGAGGUUCAGGCUCACCUGCUCUGAGCUCAAUGGACGCUACACCAGUAAUGAGUUUAAUUUGGAGGUUAGCCUCGUUCACAACGCAGCACCCGUAGAGCAUGUCAAUCACAUGGCUGUCCAAUCCCAGUACAUGCGGUCGGUGCAUCAUCCACUGAUGGUGCACUCUGUCAAUUCCCACAUCUCAGGCACCCCUCCAGCUGCCACAGUCGUGGUAGUGAUCUGUAUCGCCGCCCUGGUGUGUAUAGUGGUGCUAGGCAUCUACAGGCUCCACAGUACCCACCAGGACAGCUCCAAGAGUGAGGAGGAUGGAGCCAAGGACCCAGAGAUGGACUGGGACGACUCCACCCUCACCAUCACAGUCAACCCUAUGGAGAACGUCGGAGAGCCUCAGACGGUGGAGGAGGAGGUAAAUGAGGAAGAGGAAGAUGAACAGGCAGGCGACAUCACGAGUGCAGAGUCUGACGACAGUGAUGAAACAGAGGAAGAGGAGGACGACGAGAGGGAAGUGAAGGAGAGCAAGCCGAAGAGCAAGCUGGAAUGGGAUAGCUCUUCGAUAACAUAUUAA